AUGUGUGUACAAUAUGUGUGUGCGUACAUUCAGACUCAUCAUGGCCACCAGGUGUAGCAAGGAGAAGACUCCAGGGUCCCAACUCCACCCUCCUGCCACCCCAGGGAGUCUAUAUAAGAAGGUGCCCUGGGCACAAGUCCUUCCACUGGCUAGGUUGGAACAGGACAGAACGGACAAGCCAGUUGGUGAAGCCGUGUGGGGUGCGUGAGCAUACACCCAAACAAUGGGCAAUAGCAAAAGCGGAGCCCUCUCCAAGGAGAUCCUGGAAGAUCUGAAGCUGAAUACCAAAUAUUCGGAAGAUGAGUUGUGCAAAUGGUACGAGAGCUUCCAGAAGCAGUGCCCUGAUGGGCGCAUCAGUCGGGCUGAGUUUGAGAAGAUCUAUGCCAACUUCUUCCCCAACUCUGACCCUAAGGUGUACGCCCGGCAUGUCUUCCGAAGCUUCGACACCAAUGAUGAUGGGACCCUAGACUUCCGGGAGUACAUCAUUGCACUCCACCUCACCUCAACUGGCAAGACCAACCUCAAGCUUGAAUGGGCCUUCUCGCUCUUUGAUGUGGACCGCAAUGGAGAGAUCAGCAAACAUGAAGUUCUUGAAAUCAUCACAGCAAUAUUUAAGAUGAUCCCUCCAGAGGAACAGAAGACUUUGCCGGACGAUGAAAACACUCCUCAAAAACGGGCUGACAAGCUGUGGGCAUAUUUUAACAAGGGAGAAACUGAUAAACUGGCUGAAAAGGAGUUUAUUGAAGGGGUGAUGAAGAAUGAAGCAAUAAUGGGUCUCAUCCAGUACGAGCCCAAGAAAAAAUAGACACUUUGGUACUGAUUGACAGGAGGAGAUGAAAGUGCAGGCGUAGACGUUAGAGCUUGGAAAGGUUAAUUUUGGGGACUACAACUCCCAGAAUCCCUGGGCCACAUGGCCAGUGGCUGUGCUAGCUGGGAGAAUUCUAGGAGUUAUAAUUAUAAAAAGUAACAUUUCCAAGCUCUGGUAAAAGCAUAUGUUUUUAUGCAUGAUGCAAAAUAAGGGGGAAUACUGUAAUACGUGUGUGUGAGAGAGAGAGAGAGAAUACAAGAUGGGGGAAUAUUGUAACAUCCCUUACUCUUUGUGUGCAUGCAUGAAAAAGUACUACUAUAAGUAAAAACAAUUGUGUAUCCCGUUCUUUACAAACCCCACUCCAUGCUCUGUUAGCAGUAGUAGCCCUUUUCCCAUUUCUGUCUUUUGAAUUUUUCCAUUAUUUUUCAACAAUAGGUACAGGAGGUAAGCCCCAUGGCCAUUAAAAAAUAAACACUCACCUGAGCUACUGAUGUAUUUGGAGAGAGAGGGGAAAAAAGAAAAGUUGGAAUUGAUGUUAUUAUUUAUUAAUUUAUUAAUUUAUUAUUAUUAAAUUGUGAAAAUAAGACACACACAAGAGAUGGAAGAAAGUAGGUAAGAGUCAGUGAACUUUGAUCCAGGAGACCCUUGUCAAGAUUUGUGAUAGGCAUAAAACUUAUUGGAUGUCACUGAGCCCUGUCAAUAACAUUUUUUUGAGGGUUCACUGAAGAAACCUGAAACCCUUUCACACAACAUGCUUACAAUGCUGUGAUUCAUUCCAUUUUAACAGCCAUGGUUCCAUCUUGGAACCUGGGAUCUGAAGAAGGGUAUUUAAAAUUAUAAACCAGAGAGCUGUAGCGCUUGGCCAAACUACAAACACCAGAUUUUACUGUACAAGGUGCUAGUGAUAGAAUUGAAGCAAAAUUACAAGAUUUGAUUCCUCUCCUUUUUGCACAACAUCGGCAUUCAUCCAUUGCUGAUCUAUUGUCAUACCAUUAUUAUUGCACAGUUUCGCAUUAAUGAGAAAUACCCACCAAUAACCAAUAUUACUACAUUCACAUGAUUGCACAUGUGCGGAUUCUUCUAGCGAUGCGGUAGUGUUAUUGCAAGGUUGACAUGGCAUGAGUAGGCAUGUCAUGCACUCUUCUCCUUGGUUCUGUUACAUCGUAAACCUUCCAAGGAGGCUGAUUUUGCCAAAUUUGGUAAGGAGUUAAUUUACUUAUUUAUGGUCCAGAUAAUUAGAGUUUGGGUCACAAAACGUAGACUCCGCAAUUAAAACAACAGCACAGAACUCAAGAAUCGUGAAUCACUGGAAAUGAGUGGCCCAAAGAAUCUUGCGAUAAUAGGUCUAAUCUUUUCAUUGCAAGAUUUUGGAAGGGGAAAAAAAGUGUUAAAAAUAUAUGUGCAAACCAGGAAGUAAAGGGAGUUGUUUGGGAAAGGGAGACCGUAAAUAUUUGUGCUACUGAAAUAAAUGCAUUAAUAAUGUUAUUGCUACCAUUGUAAUCGCAUUAAGCAAUUGUGGGAUUACAGUGCAAAAGCACCCUCAUACAGUAAUCUCUCCAGAAUUCGUUUGGAUGCAGCUGCAACAGUUAAAAAUAGGAUCAUAGCACUAUAACUGUGCAAUGUGAAAGGUCUCCUGAUCUGUAAAGUCCCUGCCUGCAUUCCUUGAAGAGAGAGAAGGAGGCAUGUACAAUAAAGUAGAAGAAAGAGGAGAGAUCUUUUCUCUUGAUGACAAAAAAAAAUUGCACUUCUACUAGCCCUUUCAUUUUUUUUAAUGCCACCUAACAGGAGUCUUGUCUUCCAGGCCUUUGCCACGUAAUAUAUUAAAAACCUCUUCCCUCUGAUAGCACCCAGGAGUCUGGGUUCUCCAUCCUUUCUCUCCUAUCAACUUUGCUUUCAGUGCCCCUACGAGAGGGUUCUGUCUUCCACUUACUUCACUUUUCUGAUUCACCAUUGCAGAAGGCUUAGGGCAUAUUUACUAGAUGAUUUUCAGCAUCUUGCCAAAGUGUAAUUCCCAAGAUCCUUUGAAGGGGAGCCACAGCAAUCAAAAUGGCAUAAACCUGAACCAAGCAUGUAGGGCACUUAAGGUUACUAGAGUGAAAAAUGGAGACAGUACCUGUCUCUUUAAUGGUUGUGUAGAAGACCAUUUCAGUAGGGAAGCUUAUUCCCUGGUAGUGUGACAAGCAAGACCCGCCAAAAUUCUUUGUUAUUAAAAACAUAAAAGCCUCCUCCAGUUUUUACUCUGGCAACCCUAAGUGUAGAUGGGUCUUGUCUCCCACUCCCUGCCAAGUUUAACCCUGGUAAUAUAUCCCCUUGUAUUUCUCAGGAGCAAGGAAGUAGAUCACCACCAUCCUACACAUGUUUAUUCCAAAGUUAGUGCCAUUCAGAUCAAUGGGACUUGCUUCUUGAUAAACUGAUUUGUUUGGACCAGGGCCACUGGCCUUGCAUUUUCUUACAAGAAGUUAGCAAAACAUUAUACUAGCAAAUCAUCUCUACUUUCUCAUUGUACUCCUCAACAUUGCUUGAAGAUGUAUUACACUUUGGUUGAUGGGGGAACCCUCUGUUUUUGCUCAUUUUUGUGAAUGGGGGUGAGCAAGCUAGCUAAUGGAGCUAUAAGAACCAACAGAAUCCUUUCUAGAUGUGGAUUUCAAUGUACCUUGUUGUUUUCCUUCCUCUGUCACACUAGUAGUAUUUCUUGUUUCUGUAAGAAAAAGGGGUUACGGUACUUUCUAGGGAGGGGCUGGCAGGGGUCAAUUUACUAAAAGGGAACGCAUUUAACUUUCUGUUACCCUGUCUGUUUUUCAAUAAAGGGCAUUGUGUGUACAAGACUUUGCACUGAGAAGUAUGUUCCAAAUGUCUCCAGGAGAAAAGUAGGUACCCUUGGAUAGGGG